CUCAAUAAACCGGGCGCAUUAGCAUACUAGUAGAAAUUAUAUAGCCCGGCUGGUAAACACCUCGGAUACUUGGUGUCGUGCGUUGGAUAGCGUAAGCGCGGGAUUAGUUUUUGAAGAAAAUGUCCGAGUUGAAGUAUAUGUCAGGCUUCGGCUCAGAGUUCUCAUCGGAGGACCCCCGGCGGCCGGGCGCGCUGCCGGCGGGGCGGAACACCCCGCAGCGCUGCGCCUACGGCCUCUACGCGGAACAGCUAUCGGGCUCCGCCUUCACCGCGCCAAGGAACGACAACAGACGCACCUGGUUUUACAGGAUCCGACCAUCUGUAGUGCACAAACCCUUCAAGCGUUUGAAUGUUGCCAAACAUCUUACCCACAACUGGGACGAACAGGAACCUGACCCUAAUCAGUCGCGCUGGCUGCCCUUCGACUUGCCAACCACCCCAGUGGACUUCGUAUCGGGCCUGCACACAGUGUGCGGCGCGGGCGACCCGCGCGCGCGCAACGGACUCGCCAUACACGUCUACCUGUGCAACAAGUCAAUGGAGCGAAGCGCCUUCUAUAGCAGCGAUGGAGACCUCCUUAUAGUGCCCCAACAAGGCACGCUGCGGAUCACGACGGAGUUCGGCAUCAUGGAGGUCGCUCCCAACGAGAUCGCUGUAGUUCAGCUGGGCAUGAGGUUUGCUGUCGCCGUGGACGGACCAUCAAGGGGCUAUAUCCUGGAGGUGUUCGACGGACACUUCAAGCUGCCGGAUCUGGGCCCAAUCGGAGCCAACGGCCUGGCCAACCCGCGCGACUUCCUCACACCUGUCGCCAAAUAUCACGAUGAGGACAAUAUCGACUUCACGAUAAUCAGCAAAUACCAAGGCGCGUUGUUCGCGGCCCAGCAGCGCCACUCGCCGUUCGACGUGGUGGCGUGGCACGGCAACUACGUGCCCUACAAGUACAACCUCGCCAACUUCAUGGUCAUCAACUCCGUGUCGUUCGACCACUGCGACCCUUCAAUAUUCACGGUGCUGACGUGUCCGUCGACAAAGCCCGGGGUAGCCAUUGCCGACUUCGUCAUCUUCCCACCGCGAUGGUCCGUGCAGGAGGACACUUUCCGGCCACCAUAUUAUCAUAGAAACUGCAUGAGCGAGUUUAUGGGGCUGAUCCUGGGCGCUUACGAAGCCAAAGAAGGCGGGUUCCUGCCGGGCGGCGCCUCGCUUCACUCCACGAUGACGCCGCACGGGCCGGACGCCCAGUGCUUCAACGCCGCUUCGCGAGCAGAACUCACGCCGCAGAAGAUAGCUGUGGGGACUCAGGCCUUCAUGUUCGAGUCGUCACUAAGCAUGGCCAUAACCAAGUGGGGAGCAGAGACGUGUCAGAAACUAGACGCCAAGUAUUACGAGUGCUGGCAGGCACUCCCUAAACUCUUCUCGGAUAAGAUCAACAUCUAGAAUAAAGUUUCGCACAAUAAAUAGUUGAUAAUAAAAUGAGGUAGAUAACGGCAUGGUUAAGGAACUUAUUCGAUAGAAAAUAUUGUCAUUAUCACGCGUCUGCAGCCCGCUUCUCAUGAGAAUAUGACAAGUGCUACUUUAAUUAGCACUACGUGCCCAUGCCGAAAACUUCAAGGGCCAUAUGAGCUGUAACACGUGCGAACUGCGAAGGUAAUUCGCAACUUGUGUCGAAUAAUGUAUUAUAAUUCGUGUUAUUACACUAUCUUCGGUCCCGUUUUAAUUUAUCGGCACUCGUUGCGAAUUUCCUACUUUUCGCAGUUGUAUCGUAAUUGUAUUAAGUCAUGGACAUAACGUUAUUACGUGUACUACAAUGUAAUAAAAUAUUCACUACUUUUUUAUGAAACUAUAAAUGGAAACGCCAACUUUAUAUGUUCUUUCUAACACUUUGUAA